CGGGGUUUCGGUACACAGUGCCAACUCUAUUCGGAGUGGAGUUCCUACGGUGAAACUUGUGAUGUGUGGAUUCGGCAACAUACAAAAUGGGGGCGAUAUCUACAGAAUUACGACUUCGAGACCUUUGCAACAAGAAGUACGGAGAGCUUUCUAGACCUUAUGAGAUCAGUUGGUUUCAUCCUUAAACAUUCAGAGGUGAAACAAUCCCCUUGGGUUGAAUGGAAGGAAUGUGACAUCAAAAAACAAAUACGUUGCUUGUUUUACCCGAUAAAGUACAUCCCUGUGGAACACCAAGAAGAAUUCGUAGAUGACGUCUACAAGUGGUUGUGUGACAUCACACCUAAGAGAUCUGGUAAUGUUUUCCAAGGUGAACUGGGAAGGGCUGAAAUUAUGACCAUUUUGGCUACCAAAGAAUGACAUUCGUCAGGUUGGUGACCCGAUGUAAACGAAUGAAGCCCUCGGUUUU